AUGUUAAAUAAACAGGAGGAUCAACUUAUUUCAGGAGGUCUUGAUUAUUCAAUAAAAGUUUGGAAUGUAGAUUUUAUUAAGAAUAAUUUGAAUUUUUAGUAUUCAUUAGAUUAACAUGGCAAUUGUAUGGAAUCAUUCAGUUUUAAUUCAUCUGAAACUAUAUUGGUAUCAUGUGGAUAUAAUCAUUUUAUCAUUUGGGAGAAAGGAGAAUAAGGAAAAUGGGAGUUUAAAUAUAGAAAAGAUGUUUCAGAUUAUGGACGUAAAAUAUAUUUAAUUAAUGAUCAACAAUUACUUUGGGUAACUCUAAAAAAGAAUGUUGAUGAUAUUUUGGUGUUUGAAAUAUAGAAUGGAGUCUUUUAAUAAAAUAAUAAUAAAACUAUCAAAUUGAAUAACAAUAAUGAAUGUGAUGAUGUUAGCUAUUUCCCAAUUAUUCACAAUAAAGAUAAAAAUAUAAUAUUGGUGAGACAUAAACAUAAUAUCUAUCCGAUUAGGCAAUUAAAUGAUGGCACAUUUAAUAUUAUCGUAACAUUAGAUUGUUAAAAUGAUAUUUAUGGAACUAUGUCAAAUAAUGGAUAGUAUUUGGUAUUUUGGGAUUAUAAAUAUAAGAAGUAUUAAUCACAUGAGAUAUUAAAUAAAUGA